GUUUAACUCCGUCCGGCUUCUCUCCCACAUAAGUGCGUGCUGCCAAGCCAUGGAGGAGUCAAUGGACAUGGACAUGAGCCCCUUGAGGCCCCAGAACUAUCUUUUCGGUUGUGAACUAAAGGCUGACAGAGAUUAUCACUUCAAGGUGGAUAAUGAUGAAAAUGAGCACCAGUUAUCUUUAAGAAUGGUCAGUUUAGGGGCUGGAGCAAAGGAUGAGUUACACAUUGUUGAAGCAGAGGCCAUGAAUUAUGAAGGCAGUCCAGUUAAAUUAACACUGGCAACUUUGAAAAUGUCUGUACAGCCAACGGUUUUUCUUGGGGGCUUUGAAAUUACACCCCCUGGUCUUAGGUUGAAGUGUGGUUCAGGGCCUGUGCAUAUCAGUGGACAGCACUUAGUAGCUGUGGAGGAAGAUGCAGAGUCAGAAGAAGAAGAGGAGGAGGAGGUGAAACUCCUAAGUAUAUCUGGAAAGCGUUCUGCCCCUGGAAGUGGUAGCAAGUUUCGCCAGAAAAAAGUAAAGCUUGCUGCUGAUGAAGAUGAAGGUGAUGACGAUGACAAUGCUGAGGAGGAAGUUGAAGAAAAAGCUCCAGUAAAGAAAUCUGUACGAGAUACUCCAGCCAAAAAUGCACAAAAAUCGAACCAAAAUGGAAAAGACUCAAAACCGUCAACACCAAGAUCAAAAGGUCAAGAAUCCUUCAAAAAACAGGAAAAAACACCUAAAACACCGAAAGGACCUAGCUCUGUAGAAGACAUUAAAGCAAAAAUGCAAGCAAGUAUAGAAAAAGGUGGUUCCCUUCCCAAAGUGGAAGCCAAGUUUAUCAAGUAUGUGAAGAAUUGUUUCCGGAUGACUGACCAGGAGGCUCUUCAAGAUCUCUGGCAGUGGAGGAAGUCUCUUUAAGAAAAUAGUUUAAACGGUUUGUUAAAAAUUUUCCGUCUUAUUUCAUUUCUGUAACAGUUGAUAUCUGGCUGUCCUUUUUAUAAUGCAGAGUGAGAACUUUCCCUACCGUGUCUGAUAAAUGUUGUCCACGUUCCAUUGCCAAGAAUGUGUUGUCCAAAAUGCCUGUUUAGUUUUUAAAGAUGGAACUCCACCCUUCGCUUGGUUGUAAGUAU